GCUCCCGUCGGUGGACAGACGACCCAUCAGUGCGCGCGGCGCGGCUUCAGCUGUAGCGGAGUUUUGAAAACCGCACGAAGUUGUGGGACCGAGCGCGAGACCUCCAGGACAACCAGCCGUGUCAGAGCGUCAUCAUUGGCUGAGAGACAGACGGAGGCGGAGGCGGCGUGAGAAGUGGCCGUAUAGUGGGCGGGACUUCCUCUAAGUGGUGGACAAGAUGCUGCUGACUUCCUGCUCUCCCCCCUGCUGCUCCACCUGGCUCUGGUGCCUCCUGAUGGUCCUGACGGCUCCGCCCCCUUCUCUCGGGGGCGACCACAACGAGAUGUGCGCCGGCAGGGACUGCUCCACCUGUCAGUGUUUCCCCGCCAAAGGAGCAAGGGGUUCUCCGGGCCCUCUGGGGAAGCAGGGGCCUCAGGGGCCUCCGGGCUUCCCAGGCCCUCUGGGGGCUCUGGGACAGAAGGGCCACCGAGGAGACGAGGGACUGCCGGGCGACGGUGGAACGAAAGGAGACGCGGGAAACGGUGGCGUUCCGUUUUCCGGUUUGGAAGGAAUCCCGGGUCACCCGGGUCCGGCUGGAGGUCCUGGUUUUCCCGGUCUGGAUGGGUGUAACGGGACCAGAGGAGUGAGAGGAGACCCUGGGCUUCCCGGAGGAACUGGACCCGACGGAGAACCGGGUUCUGAAGGACUGAAAGGGUUCCCAGGAGAUCCAGCCGUCUACUUUGUACAGUACCCUGGAGUACCUGGAGACGCCGGUUCCGUUGGACUUCCGGGUCGUCAGGGGGAACCAGGUCUCCCUGGGCCGGCUGGGGAUCUGGGUCCAUCGGGACCAGAUGGAACCAACGGUUUCCCGGGUCAGCAGGGUUCCAGGGGUCCACCUGGAGAAAGAGGUCGUUCUCUGCCAGGACAGAAAGGAGACGAGGGGGAUCAGGGCCUCCAGGGUCAACCGGGUCCAUUUGAGUACGUCGACCCUCCAGAAGACCUAUACCUCAAAGGAGAUAAGGGUUCUCAGGGGCCUAAAGGAGUCUGUGGACGGCAAGGAAUGUCGGGUUUGGACAGUCUCACCGGGAUCAAAGGAGAGAAAGGGAUUGUGGGAUUUCCUGGUUCCAGGGGGUUUUCAGGUAACCCUGGUCGUCCCGGAGAAAGAGGAUUCAAGGGGAUUCAAGGGAGUCCAGGUCUGCCGGGUCUAAUUGGGCGAGAUGGUCCAAAGGGCAUGCUGGGAAAUCCAGGUGCCAAAGGCCUCCCCAGGGACGUGAAAGUAACACACAAAGGUGACUUCGGAGAUCCCGGGGCCCCCGGACCAAGGGGCCCUCCCGGAGACGUCGGGACGAUGGGAGCGCACGGCCCCCCCGGAGCUCGCGGCAGGUCUAUACCCGGUUCGGCAGGCGUCGUGGGUUCGAGGGGAGCUCAAGGAUGCAGAGGGGACAAAGGAGAUCCGGGCCAGGUGUACGAAGGCGUACCCACACCCGGAGAACCUGGAAAACCUGGAAGUCCCGGCACAAAAGGACUGAAAGGACAACAGGGGAUUCCAGGUAGUUACUGUGUGCCCGGGGCCCCGGGAGAAUAUGGGGAUAAAGGCGAUCGGGGGCCCACGGGGGUCCAAGGCUUUCAAGGGAUCAAAGGUAGCCGCGGCGACUGUUCUUGUGGUCCACCGGACAAACUGAUGGGCCCUCCCGGCCGUGUGGGUGAUCCCGGGUCUCCAGGGUCUCCGGGACCUCCGGGGGCCCCAGGGCUGAGAGGAGACAAUGGUUUUCCUGGAGACGCGGGAGAACGUGGACCGCAGGGUCUGGGUGGAUUUCCAGGUGUCAAAGGGUUCAAAGGUCAAAAGGGGGAUUUCAGUGUGGUGGAUUUUAAAGGUGAGAAAGGAAACCGGGGCCAGUCAGGCCCUCUAGGCCAACAGGGUUUUUUAGGGAGAAGAGGACUGGACGGGCCCCAGGGGGGCCCUGGAAACCCUGGCCCUGAGGGAGAAAGUAUUAAUAGUUCUCCUGGAGAUAGAGGCCUCCCUGGACUCCCAGGGCCAAAGGGCUUGUCAGGAGCUCCCGGGCCCCCGGGUCGGGGUGUAGUUGGAGCAGUGGGACAGCGUGGGGGUCCCGGGGACCCGGGACCAACGGGCUUCCCCGGAGCCCCAGGGCCAAAGGGUGUUAGAGGGGAUAAUCUGCCCUGUGUGCCCAGAAACCCAGGCCCCCCGGGAGAGAAAGGAGACACUGGAGAUGAAGGUUACAGAGGGCUGCCAGGUCCUCCAGGGUUUCGUGGCCUUAGUGGACCUGAUGGACCUAAAGGUGACAGAGGUCAGCCUGGACUGCCUGGACCACGUGGUCGUGAAGGACUUCAAGGUUGCGUUGGUGACACUGGAGAAGAAGGACGUGAAGGCAUCAGCUUUAGUGGAGAUCCAGGUGUUCCGGGGCUCCCUGGCUCUUCUGGACUCAGGGGCCCAGCGGGGGACUCUACUGUUGGGCCCUCAGGACCCAUUGGCUUCCCGGGACGACCGGGCCCUCAGGGACCUAAAGGGGUCCCCGGCCCCCCCGGGAUCAACGGACUAGAAGGACUCCCCGGUCUGGCAGGGGGCCCCGGUGUCAAGGGCCAGAGAGGACGGGAAGGGGCCCCAGGUAUAACAGGCCCCCGGGGGCCCACAUACAGCUCCUGUGACGCAGGGAAGCCUGGUUCCAGGGGCCUUCCUGGCCCUCAAGGACCAGUAGGACCUCCAGGUUUCUGUGGGGAGAAGGGUGAGAUCGGCGAGGGGGGUCCUCCGGGUUUUGGCCCUCAAGGCCCUCCAGGUACACCGGGUUAUCUGGGUUUACCUGGUUACCAGGGGCCACAGGGCUCCCCCGGUCCUUGUGGAGACUCUGGACUUCCAGGGCUGGAUGGUCCAAAAGGUCUUACGGGGCCGGUAGGCCAUGACGGAGGCCUGGGGGGCCCUGGUCGGACCGGGAUCCUCGGAGCUCCGGGUAGGAUGGGUGAGAGAGGGUUCAACGGACGAGACGGAAGUCCUGGAUGUGAGGGCCAGAAAGGAGAGAAGGGCUUUAAAGGGGUCCCGGGGCCUCCGGGAGAGACCGAGGUGGUCCCAAUCAAGGGAAGGAGAGGAAAACAAGGAACGCCUGGCAUCAACGGUUUUCCUGGAGCACGAGGAAGUAAAGGUGUGCAAGGAGCUGCUGGUAAGCCAGGUUAUCGGGGCAUCAACGGACCCAUGGGCAUCGCAGGACUCCCAGGACCCGAAGGUCCGUUCGGGCCACCAGGACCUCCAGGAUCACCCGGACGCAAUGGACCACCUGGAUUCAUCGGCUUCCCAGGAGGAACCGGAGAUCCGGGUGACCUGGGAUGUCCGGGGAAAUUAGGAGCAUCCGGUCACCCAGGAUGUGCUGGACCUAAAGGUGAUAAAGGAGACUCCAUCAGUGGUAUUGGUCCACCUGGAGACAAAGGGCCUCCUGGAGACUUCGGGUCCUUAGGACCUCCUGGACCUCCAGGAGAACCAGGUAGAGUUGGUUUCAUUGGGUCUCCGGGGCUGAGAGGAUGCAAAGGAGAUCCAGGAGAUCAAGGGCAACUGGGCCCAACAGGUGUGGUCGGUCCCACUGGUCCCAGAGGUCGUUUAGGUUUUCCAGGUCUACCUGGUAAAGCCGGUGCUGAUGGUCCUCCGGGACCUCCAGGCUUCCAUGGUCUCCCAGGUCCUCCCGGACCGCUCGGCCUCCACGGACUAGACGGACUGAAAGGAGUCAAGGGGGACAUGGGGAUCAGAGGUUUGGGUGAACCGGGGCCUCCUGGUUUUAUUGGUCUUCCGGGGGAAAAAGGUCCUCCUGGUCCACCGGGAUACGGUGGUUCAUCCCCACCCGGCCCACCAGGACCAAAAGGCCCCCCAGGACCCACAGGACCACCUGGGAAUUUAGGACCUCCGGGUAAACCUGGACCGGACUGCAAAGUUCUGAUCCCGGGGCCUCGUGGAGAUCCUGGUCCUACUGGAAAAGACGGAGAGACAGGGUGUGCCGGUGAAGUUGGGGACCCAGGGCCGAACACUCCGCUAUCUGGUGACGUCGGGGACAACGGGAACCCAGGAUGCGAGGGGCCUGGAGGCCCACAGGGACCUCAGGGGCCCAGAGGACUGCCGGGACAGCCCGGAGGUCCAGGAGAGAAAGGUACACGGGGGUCCACCGGUCUGAUGGGAGUGUCUGGGAAUCGGGGUCCUAAAGGCUGCACUGGUCCUAGUGGAACUACUGGACCAAAGGGUUCCACCGGCCUGACGGGUCCAAAGGGGGAGCCGGGACGGGUCUUGUCCUGCCUCCCUCAUUCCCCAGCGCCGCCAGGUCUGCCGGGGAACCCUGGCCCUCCUGGCCCAGACGGAGAUAUUGGCAUCGAGGGAGUGUUCGGCCAUAUCGGACCCAAAGGUAGGAAGGGGGAUUUUGGGUCUGAGGGGCCGAUAGGUGUCGAAGGGGUCCCGGGUCUAGAUGGAGGCCGAGGAGAGCCGGGCCGGCCAGGGGAAAAUGGAGUCACGGGAGCCAAAGGUUAUUCUGGACCAAUGGGGGACCGUGGGCCUCCUGGAUCCAUGAAGAACCUGAACUCGGGCUUCUUGCUGGUGUUGCACAGCCAAUCAAAUGCAAUUCCAUCCUGUCCAGUAGACAUGAGGGUUCUGUGGGUCGGAUACAGUCUGCUGUACCUGGAAGGUCAGGAGAAAGCUCACACUCAAGACCUGGGUCAGGCGGGUUCUUGCAUGCGGGUCUUCUCCACCAUGCCGUUCUCCUCCUGCAACAUGGGAACCUGCUCCUAUGCUAGUCGCAACGACAAAUCCUAUUGGCUGUCCACAACGGCGGCCAUCCCCAGCCUGCCUGUGGGCGGAGCCUCCAUCAAGGAGCACAUCAGCCGCUGUAUAGUGUGCGAAGCCCCCUCCUCACCCGUCACUCUGCACAGCCAGACCGCAAACCAGCCAGACUGCCCCCCCGACUGGAGGAGCCUGUGGACCGGAUACUCUUUCCUAAUGCACACGGGAGCCGGCGACGAGGGCGGCGGUCAGUCUCUGACAUCAUCAGGAAGCUGCCUGACGGACUUCCGGGCCCAGCCCUUCGUGGAGUGUCAGGGCCCUCGAGGAACCUGCCACUACUUCGCCAACAUCUACAGCUUCUGGCUGACCAGGGUGGAGGCCACCGCCCCGGCCCAUGAGCAGGGCUCCUCCACCACCCUGACGAACAGCUGGCAGCAGAGGGAGAGCAUAGGGAGGUGCAGCGUCUGCAUGAGGAAGUAAGGCGGAGGAGCACCACCCCCUUUUCCUUCACCUCCUCCACCUCGUCCUUCUCCACCUCUUUACUCAACACUGUCACUCUUCUCCCACCUACGCCUGCUCCACCAACUCCUCCUCCUCCUCUACUUCUUCCUGCCCUUUUCUUCUUCCUCCUCCUCAUCUUCACCUCGCCUCCUAUUCUUCCACCUCCUCCUUCUCCUCCUCCACUACCUCCUCCCUCCUUCACUUCCUGCAGUGUUUGCAGAGUCAAACAGGACCGAGAGGAAGAGACUUUUUGCUUUGUCUCUCUGAUAAGAGACUGUCCUGUUAACUGUCACGCCACCAACCAACCAAUCAAUAAAGGUCAUACUAAAAAACCUCA